GUUUCUUGUCUUAUCUUUGAACAGCAGCUCAACGCACAGUCGCGGACCAAACACUUCACGAUGGCUUCCUUAGGAGGCAUGUUGGCCCCAGUGGCCAUGCGUGUCCUCCGGCAGGCCGUCGGCAGCACCGCAAAUAUAGGCAAAGUGCUGCGCAGCAAGCUGGGAAGCGCAGCACGCUCCGCCAACACACAGCUACAGCCCGUCGCCGCCAGGCAGCCACUGCACCCCUUCGCCUUCGUCCGCCAGCAGAAGCAGCGCGUGCGCUGGCACUCGACCCUCCGCGGGCCCCAAGAGGCCGUUCGGUCCGCCCUCCGCCGCUUCCUGAGCGGCCCCCGUUCGGCCGCGGCGGUGAGGCCCUCGGCCAGCCAGACCGCCCGCGCCGUCUUCGGGCUCACGGGCCGCGCGCCCUUCGCCACCUCUCUGCGGCCCAAUUUGACGGGCGGCGCCCUGCCCCGCACCGCCGGCGGGUACGCGUCCCCCGGGGCCGGCGGCAGGCUCGGCGGCGCGCGCCACUUCAGCCACGCGCCCGCGUCGCAGGCCCACGUGGUGCAGAACGUCGGGCAGGCCAUGCGCGCCUUUUGGUUGUCGGGUCAGCGCGCCCGCUUCGACGGCUGCGGCCCCAACGGCGAGAAGCGCUACCGCGCCGUGUCGGCGACGCACGACGACGCCGCCCGCAAGGUGGCGGCCGCGGCAACGCUCGCCGCAAGGCGCGUGCCGGGCUCGUUCAUCGACUUCAGCGUCAGCCCCACCAUCACGGCCCUCAGCCCGCUGGCGGCCGCCUUCCCCUUCGCCAUGUGCGGCGUCGGCUGUGAGGACAGCUACGCCGCCGCGGCGCCGGCUGGCCCCACCCUCAACGAGGACGGGCUUCUCGACCUGCUGUCGGAGGACUUUGAGCGCUCGCUCAAGGACCUGGCCGCCGUCUUGGCCGACCUCAAGCGGCUCGCCGGGCUGGGAGACCUGCCCAUCCUGCUGGAGAGCAACCGGACGAUCCGGGUGCGCUUCCCGGGCGUGGAUGCUGACACGGUGACCAGACUGUGCGACGACCUCGGCGUGCAGCGGGGCGUCGUCGGCGAGGAUGCCGACUUUGACGAGGAGCCGGACGUGUCGAUGGCGCUGCGCUUCCCCUUCGCGCCCGAGAAACACAACUCGGUGAAGCUGUCCUCGCCGGGCGGGUCUCUGCGUUCGCAUCAAUCAGGGUCCUCGUCGGACCUCGAUGAUGCCUUUGUGGACACUUUUCUGGAGGAGCAUCCCUGGCUCUCUUCGGAGCAUUCGGGCGAGGAGGAAGGGUACUUCACCAACGUCUCUCCCUCCGGUCCCGGGCUCUCUCCAACUCAGCGGCAGCAACACGCCGAGGACCUUGAGGGUGUCGAGGGCAUCUACCGCUUCAUCCAGGAGUGCGACCGCGCGGCCGGCCGGCCCUGAGAGGAGGCCGAAGCCUAUUUCCUUUGUUAGUGAGCGAGUCAUUUCUGCGCAGAUUGUGCUUGUUUGGGAUAUUCAGCAACAGGUUAUGGGAACGUCGUGGUGGCCGUGAAAACGGCUCAGCCAACCACGCUCGUUAUACUCUAGGUGGAAUUCGGGUUCGAGUACAGUCUGAUCUAGUCCACUGUGAUGGGCAGCUUCUAUAUAUCUUUACUUUUACUCAG